AUGGAGGGCAUAAGUAGAAAUGCGAAAUUCGUUGAGCUAUCUAAGCCAACUGGAACAGUUUCUAAUGCCUUUGAAAUGAGCUCAGUAUGGCCAUAUACGGAUGAUCUCAGUCGUUAUACCACACACCAGGCAGAUAGACAGAGGAUAAUAUCGAUAGUUUCAGCUUCAAUUUCAAUAGUUGCAGGAUUCAUUGGAGUGUAUUUCUUUCUAGCUAUUGAUUAUAGAAAACGAGUUUUCAGGCAUCAGUUAGUUAUUUUUUUGAUUCUACAUGACUUAAUAAAGGCUAUCUUCUUGUUGGUUUAUCCAUCCGUUGUUUUAGCGAAUUACGGGGCAUAUGAUGAUCUAAAAUUCUGUAAAGUGUCGGGAUUUUUCACUGCGUUUGCAAUAGAAGGAUCUGAUAUCGCUAUCUUGAGUUUUGCAAUUCAUGUUGCAUUAUUAGUGUAUAAACCCAAUCAAAGAGUUAAACGAGGGUCGAAUUAUGAAGGUGGGUUGUAUCCAUAUAGGCAUAGUGUGUACGUGGUGUCGGUAUUGCUUCCGAUUGUGCUUGCUGCAAUUCCGUUUGUUAGUGACCAUGGUUAUGUACCGUUAACCAAUUGGUGCUAUACUCCCAGUAGACCAAUUUGGUAUCGAUUAGCUUUAAGCUGGAUUCCCCGGUAUAUUAUUAUGGCAUCGAUAGUUGUUAUAUAUUGCUGCAUUUAUCGACAUGUAAAGAAAAAGUACAGUGAAGUUGAAAAUACAUUGGCGAUAGAUGAUACACGCCGUAAGCGUCAUAGAUUUACAAGAAAGUUUAGAAACAUUAUGGGUUAUUUGUUCUGUUUCACACUUGCUUCAAAAAAUGACGAAACUCAAUUGCAUACUGUCCAUCGUGGAUCUUUACAGAGUGACAUAAGCAGUGAAACUCUUCAGCAUUUCAGAUCCCGCAGAUUGCAGGCUCAAUGGCAAAUGAGGGCGAUAUUUAUCUACCCAGUUUCAUAUCUUCUAUUGUGGAUCUUCACAACUGUAGUCCAUGGAAUGGACUUGAGAUAUGGACUAUCUGUGAAACCACAUAUAUGGUUGAAUGGAACUGCAGCAUUCAUGCAACCAUUCAAUUGUGCGGUGGAUACUUUUGUAUUCUUAAUCAGAGAAAAACCCUGGAAAAUUACAACAAUUAAAGUUGAUAAGUCCCAAACCAUAAACUUUGAAUAUCCUCGCUGGCGAAGAUUGAUAUCUUUUUUUCCGUUAUUCUCAUUGCCAAAACCUCUGGAAGUUCACCAAUCUGACAAUAUGAGUUAUUUGAAAACAGAAUCUUUUUGUGUGGAAGAUGCUAAUUUGCAUGAUUUUUCUGGUGUUCUUUCAGGAGACAAAACCUUUCUCCCACCGCACCUACAAGAGCACAGUAAUACUAAUAGUAGUAAUAUUAUUCCAAAUGAGAAAUCGUUUCUGUAUUUAAACCACUCCUCGGAAAUUAAUGAUUUCCAUACGAUGAACUAUUCCAAAACAAACGACAGAAAGUGGUCAAGUACCACGGAACAUUCAGAAUGCUUUGAAGAAAUAGAUUUCUUGGAUUUUUUAAAGCAUGAAGAAUAA